AUGGGUGAUCCUGCCCCCGUAAUCCAAGUUAACGCCAGCGCAGCCAACUUUCUGCAACUCCCGAACAACUUCGACUUCUCAAAACCAGAAACGUGGCCCACCUGGAAAAAACGUUUCAUGAGAUAUUUAAACGUAGCAGCCCUGUCGGCGAAACCAGCAGUGGAGAAGAUCGACCUCGUGCUGUACGCGAUGGGAGAAAAAAGUGAGGAGAUCUUUAUGCAAGUGAUGCCAGAGCCCGACGGUAAGAGUUUUGAAGACGUGAUGCGAGCCCUCACGGACUAUUUCGAGCCAAAGAAAAACGUUGUCUUCGAGAGGUCUCGUUUCAACUCUCGAUCUCAGCUCGCCGGAGAAACAGUCGACCAAUACGUCACAGCGCUGCACGUCAUGGCAGAAAAGUGCAAUUAUGGUCAGCUAAGGGACGAGUUAAUUAGAGACCGCAUCGUCAUGGGGCUAACAGAUACGCGAACAAAAGAGCGCUUGCAACUCAAGUCCGACCUAACCCUAGAUUCCGCCGUGACUAUCGCUCGCCAAACCGAAGAUCAGCGUCGGCAAGUAAAAUCUCUACCGGCAGCUCCCGAAGUCAUCGACAUCGAUAGAGUGAAAGUCGCCACCGGCGGUGGCCAACGCUCCGCGCCGAAAGGACAAAAUACGGAUUGUUCGAGAUGCGGCCUGAAAUUCCACAGAAACAACAAAUGUCCGGCGCUAACCUCAAAGUGUCGCAGCUGCGGAAAAAUCGGUCAUUGGGACAAAGCCUGCCGAUCAAAAUCGGUGAAUCUCGCACAUGCCGCAACAAGCGAGGUUACAGACAAAGAAGAAGAAGAGACCAGCAAGGUUUAUUUCCUGGGGAACGUCUCGUAA